GUCGGUAGCGCGCGAGUAGGAAGUGGUGAUUCCUGGAAUAGAGAUGGCCGCGCUUGCUCAGCUGCCCCCACUCCCCCCCCAGUUUAAGAGCAUACAGCAUCAUCUGAGGACGGCUCAGGAGCAUGACAAGCGGGACCCUGUGGUCGCUUAUUACUGUCGUUUAUAUGCAAUGCAAACUGGAAUGAAGAUUGAUAGUAAAACUCCAGAAUGUCGUAAAUUUUUAUCAAAGCUAAUGGAUCAGUUAGAAGCUCUUAAGAAACAGUUGGGUGAUAAUGAAGCUAUUACUCAAGAAAUAGUUGGUUCUGCCCACUUGGAGAAUUAUGCUUUGAAAAUGUUUUUGUAUGCAGAUAAUGAAGAUCGUGCUGGACGAUUUCACAAAAACAUGAUCAAGUCUUUCUAUACUGCAAGUCUUUUAAUAGAUGUCAUAACAGUGUUUGGAGAACUCACUGAUGAAAAUGUGAAACACAGAAAGUAUGCAAGGUGGAAGGCAACAUAUAUCCAUAACUGUUUAAAGAAUGGAGAGACUCCUCAAGCAGGGCCUGUUGGAAUUGAAGAAGAUAAUGAUGUUGAAGAAAAUGAAGAUGCCGGGGCCACACCCCUGCCUACCCAGCCACCCCGGCCUUCAUCUUCAGCUUACGACCCAGGCAGCGUGCCGUCCAGCAGCUUCACGGGAAUCCAGAUCCCCCCCGGUGCACACGCUCCAGCCAACACGCCAGCGGAAGUGCCUUCCAGCGCAGGUGUAACAAGUAAUACUAUCCAGCCUACUCCCCAGACUGUUCCGGCUAUUGAUCCUGCACUUUUCAGUACAGUGUCCCAGGCGGAUAUCCGUCUAACACCAGAGGACUUUGCCAGAGCUCAGAAAUACUGCAAGUAUGCUGGCAGUGCUCUGCAGUAUGAGGAUGUCAGCACAGCGGUGCAGAAUCUACAGAAGGCCCUCAAGUUGCUAACUACGGGCAGAGAAUGAAGCCUUUGUACCACACGUCCGUACAUUUUUGGCUUAAAGAACUAACAGUCCAUUACUCUCUCUUCAGCCUAUCAGGAGCACAGUUUUAAGGAAGACUUCAGUCGCAUUGACUAUAACAAUGAAAUCUGUGUCUGUGUAUCAGAUUCCUGUUGAAGCAUUCAGCAGCAGCCUCAACCAGUUUUCAUUGUCCAUUUAGUGGAUCCAGUAAUCUCCGGGUAUAUUGGGCUGAUGUUAGCAAGAUCCAGAAAUGCCCAUUGAACCCUGCUUCAGAGAAUGAAAUCACACUUCUAUAAAAUGUAUUGGGAUUCACAUUGUAUCUUAAUAUACAUAAAUUAAAGACUUUUAAAAAUCUUAUAAUUUGGACGCACAGGCUAUAUUACUUUGCUAUAAAAUUCUAAAUUUAACUUUUAAUAGAAAUUGCCAGAAUAUUCUAGAUUAGAGAUCAUGUUUCCACCCUCCCCCCCCCCCCGGAUUUAUAAAACAAA